UUAUGGAGUAACAUCUUUUAAUUCGCCUCGUGUUUGUAUUCCGGACAUUUGGUUGAAACGGAAAUAGUGAAAUGUAUUUCGAAACUUGAAUGUUUAUUGUGAAUAGUUUUAUACAUGUAUGAUUUUGCUAUCGAAAACAUCAUCCGAUAAAUACAUCACACGGCGUUCUACCCAGAAAUAUAUUUCCAGCUUAUGCCGUGAUGACUUUAUAAAAAACAUUGUUUUGAGCAUUGAUAUUGAAGAAACGACACUUUUAGAAUGGACGGAUUGCUGUUUAACUCACCAAUGCCUUUACGGCCGAUUCCGGUGUAUGGAGCGCGGAACCAAGCAUCCGUCCCACAGCAGGACACAGCCUUGUUUCCUCCCACUGUCGACCACCGGCAUCUGCAGUUCUCUAAAUCAUUCCAGAUCGCCGCGCAUUUCAACCGCUUCCGAUCUCUUGGAGAUUAUCGCGUUCAACACAUAGCCUCUUUUGGGAAUUCCGCGCCAAAUCAGACUGCGAACGACGUCAACAAAUUCAGCGCGAAGACGUUUUCAAUAGCAGAGGAGAUUGUGCGACGUCACGCGAUAUCACAACAAAACGCGCCUAACGAGGAGCAAAUAAAUAAACCGAAAAGUGUUGGCGCUAUUACUAGCCCCACGAGAGAGAUUGAGAAGCCGCUAUUGUUGGCUGAUACAAACAAACCUGUGAUGGACGGAACAGUUCCGGUAAUUAUUCACUGCGGGAAUCCGUUCCCUGUCCAAUAUGGCUACGGUCGUAAAGUUUUCCCGUGUCCCCAAUGUCGCUAUACAACUGACAGGCGCAAUAAUUUAAAAAGACAUAUGCUAACAAUGCAUCAAGCCUGUACUAAAACGCUUGAAUGUUGUGGAUUGGUGUUCGCCACAAAGGCUUCGUUGCGAGAACACGCGAUGAUAUUUCAUUACCAUGGAUACACGUGCUUCUAUUGCGGUAGAAGAUUUUGCCGAAAAGCGUUGUUGAAACGACAUCUUUCAGUACAUAACGGUCAGAAAGACUUUGUUUGUCCCGUUUGCGACUAUGCCACGAGUCACAAAAGCAACCUCGAGCGCCACCGGAAGGUCCACUGUCGGUCCGAGGAACAGAAAUACGACUCGGUGGAGUGCAAUGCUGACGAAAGCAAAUGGAGCAAUGAUGACGUAACUGAUGACAACAACAACAUGCACGAGGAAUCUUCGGAGGACGAGGAUGAAGAAAUUAUUGUGGACUCUGACUAAUAACUACUGCAACUGCGUUAUAAUAACACUUUUGCAAAAAAAUGCACAAUCCAGUCAAACUAUUUAAGAAGUUAUUCGAAUAUUUAGAAGAAUAAAAUCAAAAACAAAAUAACGUCCGAAAAAUUGCGUGCAUUUAGGUUGCAUUAUAAUUAUACAUAAAAAUAAACGACCAUGUCGAUUUGACAAUGGAAAGGAAGAAAAUCUGUGAAAACGGUUGUGUAUUUUACAAGGCGAGAUUUUUCAUGGAAUCGCUCCGGGUCUUGCAAGCAAAUGUAUUAGUGCUAUGUUUACUUUAAUUUAACAUCUCGUGUAUUUUUUAUAUUGCUAUUAUAUUAUUUAUGAUAUGAUUGUAUAAUAGGUAGUCAAAAUUUAUU